CAACAACUCGUUGACAAAUAUACCACUAUAAUAUUUUAAACACCCAAACGAGAAAUGAUCAAAACCUCACAAAGCAGACGCUUCCCUAACCAAAUGACUAGAGAGUGAGACUAUAGUUAUGAGGAUUACAAGGAAAAAGACGUCACUUUGGAGUCACGUGACACGGAGACAGCGAUAGGUCCAAAUUUUCAAGGGAACCGGUUAGUGCCGGUCAGGUACAGCACUCUUGUGUUCUAGUUUAUGACGGUUCUUUAAAAUGCGAAUAGAGUGGUUAACAUUUAGCCUUAAUGUCAGUUUAGUUGGGCUAAUAUAUACGAAGCGUCUGAUUCAGGAGUAAGGUUUCCCAGGCAACGUUUAUUAUACGUUGUUCUAAUCCAAUCAUUUCUAUGUAAAUGAAUCAGAAAGAGUCUGGAUCUCCUGUUCGGAACAGUGUUAUUGGGAACUUCAGUAAAAUGGAAAUCCUUCUGUCUUACCCAGUUCUCAAAGCAUUCAUGUGUGGUUCUGUCAGUGGGACUUGCUCCACUCUCCUUUUCCAGCCAUUGGAUUUGGUGAAGACUCGUCUACAGACAUUUCAGCCAACUGGAAAAGAGUCUGGUCGUGUUGGCAUGGUUUCUGUACUCAUAAACGUUGUUCGAACAGAAAAUAUUCUCGGCCUUUGGAAAGGAGUGUCACCGAGUGGCUGCUUCCAAUAUAAAAGUGUAUUUGGAGCUUUGAAGAACAUUUAUCGCAUUGAAGGAUCCAAAGCCUUGUUCAGUGGGUUAACUCCCACUCUUCUGCGAGAUGCUCCUUUCUCUGGCAUCUACUUGAUGUUCUACACACAGACCAAAAAAUUAAUACCUCAAGAGCACUUUGAUCCAGUCCUCAAGCCUCUGCUAAACUUCAGUUGUGGUAUUUUUGCUGGUGUUUUGGCUUCCAUUUCAACACAGCCUGCUGAUGUAAUCAAAACUCGGAUGCAGUUGUCUCCAGAAAAGUACCGAUGGACAGGUGAAGCAGUAAUGUUUAUCUUUAAGAAUCACGGACUUGUAGGAUUCUUCCGAGGGAUAGUUCCUCGUUCCUUGCGUCGCACAUUGAUGGCAGCAAUGGCAUGGACAGUUUAUGAACAGAUGAUGACCAAAAUGGGCCUCAAGUCUUGAAGGUCAGGAAUUCAGGCUGUGAGUUUGUGGAAAUGUGCCAGCGGUUGCACUUAAGACAGCAGAGGUGGCUCGCUGUCAGUUGAGCAAAGGGUGCCUAGCGACUGCAUUGCAACAGAGACCAUUGGAAGUAACUUGAAACAAUCAGACACUACCAUUUCAGUUUUGUCCAUUUGAUGUUUUACUUGUACACAAUGAAGACCACUAACAUUAUAGGUUUAAUUUACACCCAAAAGCAUUCCAUAACUGCACAUCUGAGAAAUGGGCAGCUCCAGUAUAGUGGGUUAUCUUAACACUAGUUCCAGGAAACAAAGUAAUGUUAUCUUGCAAGUUGUCCCAGAAAUGUGGAAUAACACAGUAAGCAAGCCUGUUACAGGCUUGAACUGAUUACUGCUGUGUACAUGUAAAAGUCUGUAGGGCAGACACCAGCCAGAGUGUGAAGCUAGCAACUGAAAAUUAGCGUAUGCUUUUUAAGCAUCUGAGAUAUAGUGGCUUCCUGAAGAAGCAUCAUAUUUUUGAUGUGCUGGGGUAUCAGCAUUUUAAAUGUUCUGUGUUGAAAUUAUUGUGCAUCAGGUUGACGUUUAAUUUUGCAAUAGUUAGUUUUGAUACAAGCUACUGUAAUCUUUUGUUUAUUUGUGUAAGAGGCACAGUAGUAUAAGCCUGCUGAAGUCUUAUUAGGUUGCUUAAAAUAAAGCUGGAGACAACAAAA